AAAAACUUUUAUUUUGGAUGCGAUUAAUCGCGAUUAAUCAUCUGACAGCACUACGUAUUUUGUUUGUUGAACAAUUUGCCUCUUCCAUAUACAAAUCAAUUAUGCAAAAAAAAUAAAUAAACAAAUCUAAUCCAAACUAUGACUUGUCCCCCUUUUCUGUUAGGUGUGUCAUUCUUCAUUUGUGGUGGCAAGUGGUGUCCCUCUACUUUACAACAUAAACUUUAAAUACCAAUAAAUUAUACAAUGUUUGCAUGUUUGUAUUCUGUAGGGUAAACACAAUUUGUACACUGUUAAUAGUUACAUUUUUGUUUUAAAAUACAUAUUUAAUUGAGUUUGAGAGAUCGCAUUUGUAACAAAAUAUGAAUGUAAUUGCAACAAUAUAACAUUUUAACACAAAUAAAGUGGUUAUAUUGUGAAUAUAGAUUUUAUUUAACGUACAAUUUUAUUAAAUUGUUUAAAAAAAAUACAUAUUUUGUUAUAUUUAAGAAAAAAGUUGUGUCCCCCAAAUUAAUGUCUGUGGUGUUACAACAAUGGAUGUCGCCCCGUUAAGAAAAGGAGGAAUGCUAUUUGGACUGCUUCCUGUGUGUAAAGGUCACUGCAGGUGCUGGUGAUCUGAGGGGUGCAUGGGGAGUACAUUCUUUCUUAUUCAUUUUCUUAAAGUUAGCUAAAUUUCUGACAAUUUCAUGUGUCGCACUUUAUUAGUGUCUGUGGUGUUAUGUUGAUAACUUGCAGAUCAGACAUAUUUUAAUCAAAAUUUUGAUAAAUACAUACUUAUUAAUAUUUCCAAAAUGCCCCAUGAUCUUGAAAUCAUCAUGAUGGCAGCCUCCAUUUUAGAAAUGUCUGUAUUUAGGCUGAUUUGUCUGUGCUGUUACUGUCUUUCCUGGUAACAACACAGACUCUAUAGUACUUGCAAUAUGAAGUCUGUGGUGUUACUUCAAAAUAUAUCUGAAAUUUCUUUCCUUCAGAGCCAUUUAAUCUUAUAAUUUAAUGUUUUUAGACUGUAAGGUGUUUUAAUCUUUUAGAAUAAAGACUAUAAAGGUACCACAGAACAUUUUUCCAGUCUUUUUUUUAUUUUUAUGUAUGUCCAAAUUUUAAUAAAAUAAACUAUCGUCCUUUGGCAGAAAUAGGGGCCAAGAUGAACAAAUAAACAUUUAUUUUAAAAACUGAAAUUUAAAUGAUCAGUUAAACUGAAUCCAUAAAGUUAUUUAUUUAUCAUUACCUAAAGAUAUGCUCAUUUUAGAACAAACCAAAAUUUUACUUCAAAUAUUGGUAACACCAUAGACAUAAUUGAUUGUGUCACCAGUGUUUGAUUGAAAUUAUUUAAAAAUCAAAAUGUUCUUAAGCUUCCAUUUUAAUGGAUAUAGCAUAUCAAACUAAUUUGAAAUGCAUAGCAAUACAUUUUAUUAGAAAAAAAAAACAAACAAGAAUUUUUACAAACUCUCAUUUGCCACCCCAAUUGAAGAAUGACCCAAGUAUCAGUGAAAAUAUAAUAUAAUAUAUAUUAUGUUAUAUUUUCACUGACACUAAACAGAACAGGAUAAUAACAAAUUAUGACAGAGAAGAGAAGUUUGACUGAAAUCAUAUUACAUACUACAAUGCAAUAAUACAGAAGUUAAAGUAAACCUAUAAAAUAUUUCUUGCUUGUACUCAUACACCUACACCUACUUUUGUGAUAGAUUUUCAGUUUAAAAUUUAAGUGUGGGUCAACUGUUAAAAAACUAGACCUAUACAUUAAUGCCAUUUGAAAAAUAGUAAUAAUAAUAAUAAAAUAAAUUAAGACUACUAAAAAUUUCUAUGAGAGAAAAAAAAAGUCGAAAUAUGUUAUCUUAAAAAAAAAAAAAAAAAAAUCAACCUUUUUGUUUUCCGUAGGGGAAGAAACACUCGUAUAUUUCCCGUAAAUCUCGUCAGGAGCUUUAAGUUUGAAAAGCCUCCGCGGUUUGUUAAUCUUGCGCCACUGUGUUGAUUUUGGCUUCUCACACUCUCACUCUCACUGAUCAGAAUUUGAGCGGCUGCUUUAUAUGUUUUUCGAUAAUGGCUGGUGUUGAAUUCAUCAAAGACCUUUGUACUCCAGCGCUGAUCAUUGACCUGGAUAAAGUGAAAAGAAACGGCGAAGGCAUGCUGGAACGCAUCCACAAACUAGGGGUCCAGCUCCGACCUCACAUGAAAACACACAAAACACUGGAAUGUGCGGACAUCAUGACAGGAGGCUCUCGUCGUUGUAUUGUUGUGUCUACUCUAGCUGAGGCGUCAUUCUAUGCUGAUAACGGCUAUGACGAUAUACUCUAUGCAUACCCUCUACCAUUUGAUAAAGUGGAGCGGUGUGCCGAGCUGUCCGAGAGACUUUCUCUAUUCCACGUUGUGGUGGACAACCGCCUCGCCCUGCAGGAACUGAAGAGGAGACCUCUGAAACAGGGAAAAGUCUGGAAGGUGUGGAUGAAACUGGAUUGUGACAAUGGGAGAGCUGGCAUUCCUCAUUGUGACCCAGCUGCACUACAGCUUGCCCUGGAGAUUUGGGAUACUACAGGGGUGGAGCUGAUGGGAAUUUAUGCCCACUGCGGGAACACCUAUGCCUGUCAGGGGGAGGAGCAAAUCAAAACUGUUGCUCAGGAAACCACUACGAUUGUGCUACAGUUCAUGGAGAAGUUGAAGGCUGCUGGAAUACAAGGUGUCAAAUCCAGCAUUGGCUCCACUCCUUCCUGUAGCCACCCAGUCCCAGACAUGGCCAUGUUGAGUGAGGUGCAUCCUGGGAACUACAUAUUUUAUGACGUGCAGCAGUCCCUCAUCGGGUCCUGUCGACUUGAGGAUGUUGCAGUACGGGUGCUGACGCGGGUCAUAGGUCACUACCCACACAGGAACCAGCUACUUGUAGAUUGUGGGUGGACAGCACUGAGUCAUGAUGGUGGGGGGCGCUUACCUACAGGAUACGCCAUCAUCGAAGGACACCCAGAACUCAAACUCCUGUCUAUGACUCAGGAACACGGCAGGGUGGAGCCCAUCUCUGGAAAACUGGACUUCAAGCAGUUCCCACUGGGGUCACUCCUCAAACUCAUGCCUUACCAUGCUUGUGCUACGGCUAUGAUGCAUCCAGGUUAUUUUGUCCAUUCUAAAGAGAAGAUUAUAGACACCUGGAAACCCACCCGAGGCUGGUAACAAUCUUUAUCAGAGGGACUCCGCUGGUACAGCUGGAGACUGUGGAUGAAAAUGUUUAGGACUUGUAACAACUGUGGAUUUGCUGUUCUAACAGGCAGGUGACUAUUGGAAACCCACAUUAAGAGCAUUUUUAUCUGGAUCCAAGUGGGUUGGAGGCAUUGCAGUUCUUUCCUUGAGAAACAUUGUUGAAAAUGUAAUAUUUUAGUGAUACAGCGUUUAUGUAAACUGGAAGGAUUACACUGGACUUAAAGUUCGCAGUCUUCUUUUUUUUUUAAAUAUUUUUUUCUCUGCUUCUUUCAUCAGUUAAACACUAACAUUCUCUUCACACUUAGGAAGGACUAUGAAAAGAAUGUGAUUUCUUCUUUGUGUCUGACUGAACUUGCAUGCAGUGCUUGACAACAGUUUUGGAAAGACCUGAAGUUCAGAAUUUUUAUGAGAAAUUAACACGUACCUGUCUGUAAUAAAACCAUUUACCACA